GCCCGCGGGGCGCUGAGGCUGCCGGGAGCCGCCAUCUUCUCAGCGUGCGGCACCGCCAGAGGAUCCCGUGCCGGGGCCGCGCCGAGCGGGACGGGACGGGACGGGACACGACGCGCCCGGAAUGUAAAUACUGUAAUUUCUUCUAAAGAUUGGUGGAAAAUAGGGAUGAAACCAGUAUCUGCUUUGAAUAAUCUAUUGCUAUACUUGGUCUGAUUGGAUGCUAAUUUCUUAGGGAGAACUAUUCAGAUGCAAAUUUCUCCCACUCUUAUCUAUGGAGAGCCCUGCUGUGAAUCCAUUUUUCUUGUUUAUUGCUCUAUUCUGUACCCAUAUUACUUCUUCAUGAAGAAAAAUACAAUGUGAAAAUAAUUCUCAGAAUGGUAAUGCCUGUCUGAGCGCUGCUGUGAUGCAGGAUAUUGCUCUAAAUCUUUACUCCAACUAACUGGAGGAACCUAAAGGAGAGCCCUGCAUAUGCAGAGAUGACGUGUAAUGUCCCACCUAAUCCCGACAGUGCCACUGCAGACAGUGCUGGUGGCCAGGACUGGGCACAGGAACGCUGCCGGCUGGGAACGUUUGUUGAAUUCCCCCUCGGCUGCCCGGUGCCGGCGGCAGCGCUGGCACGAGCUGGCUUUGUUUACACUGGAGAAGGUGACAAAGUGAAGUGCUUCAGUUGCCAUGCAACUGUGGAAGGAUGGGCGUCUGGGGAUUCUGCAGUUGAGAGACACAAACAGCUUUCCCCAAACUGCAAAUUUAUUACUGACUCUGCUUUUCUGGAAGAUGAUGUGGAUCCUGUAGGCCAGAACUACCAGCACAGAACUGAAAAUGGUUCCAGCAAUCCAGCCCUCCUGUGUGCUCUGGAUGAGCCUGAGGUGGAGGCAGAUUACCUUUUGAGAACUAGGCAGGUUGUGGAUAUGUCAGAUACUUUGUACCCUAGAAACCCCGCUAUGUGCAGCGAAGAAACAAGGUUAAAGUCUUUUCACAACUGGCCCCUCAAUGACCAACUGACACCAAGGGAAUUGGCUAAUGCUGGAUUUUAUUAUACGGGGAUUGGUGAUCAAGUGGCGUGUUUUUGUUGUGGUGGAAAAUUGAAGAACUGGGAACCCACUGACAGAGCUUGGUCAGAACACAAGAGGCAUUUUCCCAAAUGCCUUUUUGUGCUGGGCCGGGAUGUUGGAAAUGUUCCAAGUGAAUCUAUUCCUGAUGAGUUUGGGGUAAGUGGUCUGAACAAUGCACAGCACCCAAGGAAUCCAUCUAUGGCAAAAUAUGGAAGACGUUUGCAAACGUUUUUAUCUUGGAUAUAUCCUGUGGACAAGGAGCAACUUGCAGAAGCUGGGUUCUACAGUGUAGGUAAUGGUGAUCAUGUUGUGUGUUUCCACUGUGGUGGAGGAUUGCAAGAAUGGAAGGAAAAUGAAGAUCCGUGGGAUCAACAUGCCAAAUGGUUCCCUGGGUGCAGAUUUUUGAGCAAGGAAAAGGGGAUAGAAUUUAUAAAUAAUGUUCACUUAAGAGAUGCAUGUAGUGAUCCAAAAACAGAAGCUGCUGAAGGGACAAUACUUCCUAAAGAUGGUCUCUUACAGAAUCCUUUGGUACAAAGUGCCAUAGCCAUGGGUUUCAGUUUGUCUGAGAUUAGGAACACCAUGGAAAAGAGAUUGCAGAUGACUGGAGAAAGUCACACAUCUGUUGAGGAUCUGGUAGCAGACUUAAGUACUGAGAAAGAAAAUGCAAGGGAAGAAGAACCAAAUGAAAUCCCAAUUGAGCAAGAUGAGCUUAUUCAAUUGCAAAACCUCUACCUCAGCACUGAAGAGAAGUCAAGACGCUUGCAAGAAGAAAAGCUGUGUAAAAUCUGUAUGGCUAAAGAUGUGUCCAUUGUCUUCAUUCCCUGUGGUCACUUAGUUGCCUGUAAGGAAUGUGCUCAAGUACUUAGUGAGUGCCCUUUGUGUCGCACAGAUAUCAUGAGAAAGCAGGAAAUUUUUAUGUAUUAGUGAACUGCACAGCACUAGGGAUGCAAAUGUUUCCUGCUUUGUUGCAUGAAACAUGUGCAAUGUAAUGUUAAAAAUGCAGUUAAUUCCAGGAUGUAACCAUAUGGCAGGAUUUAGAUUUUUCUGCUGUCAAACUCUACAGGUUUUAACACUUCAAAAAUUAUUUAAAUUAUUUUUCUGAAGUGAUUUUUUUUUAAUGUAAAAAGCAAUAUUAAAAGGCAAAGCUGCAUAUUUUGUACCUUCAGUUUGUAGACUGAAAGCCCAAAUGAUGCAAACCUUUAUAUGAUCAUUCCUUUGCUUCACUUUGGUAGGACUCUGUAUGACUGAAGUUUAUGCAAAUACAGUUGUAUAAAGAGCCUGUCCCUGUAUAAAAUUUGUAAGUAAGUUAAUUUAAAACACUAUUGUAUACAUGUGUAUUAUAGCUGAGAUUUUAACUUCUUAAAAAUGUUAUGUAAGAUUGAAAAUAUUAUUUCUCUAACUGUGGUUGUGACAUAAUUCAGAGUAUACACACAAAGCUGCUGCUGCAAUACUUCACCUUAUGUUUACUUCUACUUUGUAAGUGUGUCUGUUAGGAAAUGUGUCUCUGUAUAUAAAAUGUACAAUAAUUUCAUUGAUUUUUGAGAACUCAACAGAAAUGGAGGACAUUUUUUGUACCUUGUGCCCCUCAUGAGAGGAGUGGGCAAGUUAAGAACUAUUUCAAUGAGAGUCACCUUAAAAUACUCAAAACUUUUUCAUACUGGGCUGAGCCUCCACUUCCAAUUAAAAAAGUAUCACAGCUUUGUAUUUAAGUACAGCUGUUUUAUGAUCACUCUUCUUAAUUAUGUGACUUCCUUCUUUUGUGAAGUACUGUGUUCUGUGUCUAUAUUUUUGAGUUCUGCACACUAAGAGAUUUAGAAUAUAGAACAUACAGAAUAUAGUUUUUCACAUGGGAAAAGUUUUAAAUCAAAUACACAGAAAUUUAAUACCUACCUUUUCUAUUUUUUUAAAUCUAUGCUAUGUAAUGUAAUGAAUACAUAAAGUGCAACCCAAUUGUUCCUUGAUCAGUGUAUUUGAUUCUCACCUGCAAAAAAAAAAAAAAUUUAUAAUAGAAGCCUGCUUUCUCUUGUUUUUUGUUUUAUAAUUAGACUGUUAUUAAUGUAACCACAGUGUUAUUAAGCAUAAUGAACAUAUUUUAAUUGGAGAGGAAAUAAAAUCUUUUGUUUGUAUAAAUUAAAGUUGUUUAAUUAGAAAAUUAAACUACAUUAAUUUUACUAUUUUUUUUCUGAUAGGAUUUUGUCUUACAAAUAGAUGAUGACUAGAAAUUCAUAAAGAAUUCAGCACAGAUGGGGGUUUUUUGCCUUCUUAUGCCUUUGUGAAGAGUUCAGAGUUUCAGGGGUCCUGCAUGCAGAGAUUUUUCUGGACUGAUAUGGACUGGAAUUCUGAUAGGCUUGUUCCUUGCACCCCUUUUUACUUGCAGGGAGGGUUUUCUGUCCUUUUCCUGGGAAACUGCAGGGUGUUGUUAGCUCCUGAGCUGCUGGAUCUUGCCUGAAAUAGCUUUUUCAGUUAAGGUUGCAACCUGUGUUUUGCUGACUCGCUCAAGCAGAUGGUUGGUUACCUAACCUUGACCUGGGUCAUGUGAGAGGUGUUUGGAUCAGCCAGAUCCAACUUCCAGGCUGCAGGACUUGGCACGUGGCAACAAAGGCCUUGUCUGGGAAAGAGACUGACCAAAUUUUACCUAAAACUAUUACAAAACUAAGUCCUAGUAAGGAGAUGAUUUGGGGUGUAAAUGAAGUAUGUAAAGUGGCUGAGAAAAGCUGGGAAGAAGGUCACAAAUAAUCCCUUCUAAACUGACAGGGAGAGGAAACACAUUGUCCAAGUAAUAUGGAAGCAGAGCAUAAAUGCUUCACAUUAAAGCUUUUAAAAGGUAUCCUUCUGUAUUUUUAAAUUCAUAUCCCUUACUGCAGCUUUUUCAUAUAAUAUUAUAAAAGAUACAGCUAUAGAGCAAUUCAACUUGUAAUCACUUAGGGACAUUAAAGGGUUAAAACCCUGUUAGUGAGAUGGCAAAAUAACUGCUCUGCAGGUUUAGGUGUUUGGUUGGGUUUUUUUUUUAAUACAAUUAGAGUUCUAUUCAGACCAAAUGUGAAAAAAUAAUUAGCAUAGUCAUCAAAUUCUGACAGCUUGAAAUAGGAAGAUAGUUUUUUCAAAUCACUUUGAUUUUUCAGUAUCUUAAAGAGAGAAGUUCCAUGGCCACUGAUACUGGGUGUUUAAAGUGUUUAAAGGCAGAGAAAUGAAGGAUGCAAAUACAUGGAAUGGAAGCACAGGGGCUUUGAAAAGGAGGUUAGCAGCAGGACAAAGAUGCCUUGGGGGUUGAAUUUUAUAAAAGAGUUACUUGGGAUCUGUGCAAUGUAUUUAAAUACAAGUAUUCAGUAACUUUCUUCCAGCGGCUUCUGUGUAAAAUCUUCCAUUUUAUUUGUAGCAGCAGAACUCUU